AUGCCGAAGACGCCCCCAGCAGAGCAAGAUGAAGGACCAGACGCCGAGCCUGUGGGUCAAAGAAGUGCCCAGAUCGCUCAAACUGAAGACCCAUGUACCCAUGGUGGAGUGGUGACUUCACUAGAAGGGGAUCCAACUGCGCAGGGAGGGGAGCCGACCAUUCAAGGGGGAGAGCCGACCGGCGAGGUAGUGGUGAUCAUUCCGAAUGAGACCAGAGGCGGCGAAGAAGCCUAA